GUAUAAUAUAAUAUUGACAUGUGCAACUGAAUGUUGAGUAAUUGUGUAUAAAUUAUGACACAAUUUGUCAAUGCGUUUUUCUAAAUUAUUUGCAAGCGAAAUUAUGUAAUACUUUUGCCGCUAUGUCCAAGGACGUCAUAACAACACCAUCGGAAGAUAACGUUCUUGCAAAUAGAGGCUACAAACUCGUGAGAAAGUUGGGCGAAGGCAGCUAUGCGAAGGUUUACUUAACCGAAUACACGAAUGCGAAAGAACCGGAAAAGUCGCAAUCGCUGGCAUGCAAGAUUAUAGACACAUCUAAAGCGCCCAAAGAUUUCGUUAAAAAGUUUCUUCCUCGUGAACUUGAUAUUCUCGUCAAACUCAACCACCCGCAUGUUGUACACAUUCAAAACAUCUUCCAACGCAAGUCGAAGUAUUUUAUUUUUAUGCGAUUUGCUGAAAAUGGUGACCUGCUUGAGUUUGUCGUGAAAAAAGGCGCUGUAUCUGAAGCGCAAUGUCGUGUUUGGAUGCGGCAACUUGCCCUGGCUGUUCAGUACUUACACGAGAUGGAAAUUGCGCAUCGCGAUUUGAAAUGCGAAAAUGCGCUGAUCACGAGUAACUAUAAUUUGAAGCUGGCCGAUUUUGGUUUCUCGCGGUUUGUGAUCGAUUAUAAUGGAAAGCGCGUAACGAGCGAAACUUACUGCGGUUCCUUAUCGUACGCCGCACCGGAGAUUUUACGUGGUGUGCCAUACCAUGCAAAAAUUGCAGACGUUUGGUCUCUCGGUGUUAUUUUGUAUAUAAUGCUCAACAAAGCGAUGCCAUUUGACGACGGUAAUAUUAAAAAGUUGUACGAGCAGCAAAUAAAUCGCCGAUGGAAGUUUCGCGCUAAAGUCGUAGAUACAUUGAGUGAACAAGUGAAGAGGGCCGCAUCACAUCUACUGGAUCCGGAAGUGACGAAGCGGUGGCGAGUCGAGCAGAUCUUGAAUUCAGAUUGGAUGUCCAUCGAUCCCAAAUUACUGGAGCUAACGCCUGCUGAGAAGGCGGCCAUUCAGCAUGCUCAUGAUCAAAAGAGGAAGUACAUAGAGGGUAAAGGCAAAUUGGAUACAAAACAAAGAUCCAAGUCAACCGAUGAUAUCAAGGUAAUGACUGUUGAUGAAGGUAGAGGUAACAAGAUGUCUUUCCCAUCGUUAUCUCUCUAACUUCAAUUAUAAUAAUUUCAAUUUCAAACUAAAAUAAAAAUAAAGCGCAACACAUAGAUAUGACCGUAGAA